AGCACCUGGAAAAAUGGAAGUCGUUUCAACACCGGCUAUUUCUUUGAAUACAAAGUCUACCAUUAACGAUAUAUUUUCUAGAGAGAAGGAAAGUGAAUGGAAUGGCUCUUUCUGCAUGAUCCAGGGGGCUGAUACACAGUUAGGCAUGAUUGAAGAAUACCUUGAACAUAAACCAAAUCCAGGAUGGCAGAAAGAGAUUGAGCUGACACGACAAGCCGUCAGUGCCGCAAACAGGAUGAACCCCAAGCCCCGCUUUUUCAUUGUCUGCGGAGAUCUUGUGCAUGCAUCUCCAGGGAAGUCCCAUAAAGAAGCACAGGAGAAGGACUUCAUAAAGUUGUUUUCGGAAUUGGACAGUGACAUCCCCCUGGUGUGCGUUUGUGGCAACCACGACAUUGGAAACACGCCUACACAUCAAUCUGUUCAGAACUACAAAGCCACAUUUGGUGACGACCAUUUCAGUUUCUGGGUUGGCGGAGUCCACUGCAUAGUAUUAAACUCACAGUUCUUCAAAGAUGCAAGCCAGGUUCCAGAUCUUUUAGAAGAACAAGACGCCUGGCUGGAUGCUGAGUUGAAGCAGACGGGUUUCCAGCACCGCAUCGUCUUCCAGCACAUUCCCUGGUUCCUGCACGAGGCGGAUGAGGAGGACGAUUACUUCAGCGUCGACCUACGUGUGCGCAUGCGAUACCUCGACAAGUUCAAGGCUCACGGAGUGCGAACGAUUUUCUCUGGUCACUACCACCGUAACGCGGGCGGCUGGUUUGGUGAGAUGGAGGCACCGGUGACGUCUGCCAUAGGUGCUCAGCUUGGCAAUGACAGCUCGGGCAUGCGCGUCGUCACGGUAACCGAGGACGAGGUGCUGCACAAGUAUUAUGCCCUUGGCGACGUACCGACUAAGGUCGAUCUAUGAGAGCUUCAUUCCUGCAUGUCUAGAACGUCUUAGGUUGCAAUGUGGUCUUACAGUGUGAUAUGUUGUGUCGUAGCUUAGUGUUGCAGCAUCAUUGUAGGGAAAGUUGUGUUAUACUGUUAUUGACGUAUAACAUCAGAUAAUUUAUUAUCAUUUACGAAUUAUUGUUACCUAAUUUUAUAACUAAAAUAAGAAAGAGUGGAUAAAAUCUGCAUGUAUAUGUAUAUGUAUGUAUGUUUUGUUGAAACGGUGCCCUACAUUUCUAGGUGAAAUAAGAGGGAGAACAAUUAAGCAUAAUACAAAAGCUGUUAAUUGUACACACGUGGCUGAGUGUUGGUUUUGUUGUUGUGUUGACCAGGUUCUAUGUCAUGUGUUGACAAAUGUAAUUAGGUUAAUUACCACGUGAUAUCGAUAUGAUAAUAAUAGUUCUGCAUAACUACAACAUCGCGACAGAAGAUGUGGUGCGCUGUUAUUGUGAAAAAUACAUCUAUUGUUCUAACUCAUCAGUUAUUUCUUUAAUAUCGAUUUUUAUGCAUGCUUUGCUAUUAAUUUCCUACUCUGCAUUCUGUUAGAAAUUUAAGAGCUGUGGUUAGCUUCAUUGUAGCUGGCAGUAUCAGCAAGUAAUACGUACCUGUUGCUAAAUAAUCAUGUACUUCCUAAUCAAGAUUAGGAGAUUUUAAAGUCACUGCUAUUUUAUUAUUGAUGAAAUUUGCUGUGAUACGUGCUAUAAGAUAGUUAAUUUAUGUAGCGAUAUAGUUAAGCCUGUGUUAGCAGAUAUUGCCAUAGAACACACGCCGUUCCAUAAUGCAUUCUUUUUUAGCCUAGUUUCCCUUGAAUUGUAGUUUUGUAGUGAAACCACCAGCUUAGAACGGACACCUGUCUAUGAACUUGCUAUUCAAUUCUGUGAUUGCACUUUGACCAUAAAUAUUUGUGUGUAUAACUUUCCCUGGCAGGGUUUCUGUGGCGCACUACUUGGAAAGCUUAGGUUGAUUAAAAGUAGUAGUGCCUCCACGAUUAUAAUGCAGCUUGGAAUGGCAUAUGGUUCGUUGACUGGGUUGACUGUGUAUUGACUAUGACUAUACAUGUAUUUAGCGAGAUGGGGGUAGAAGAAACGAUGAGAAAGAUGGUUUGGUGUAUCAGAUAGUAGCCAAUGAAUAAUGAAAGCAGAUUAAAUUAAUUCCAAAUAUUCCCACGUCUCAUCUGUUCGUAUGCGCGUAGUUACAGAGUAUCACCACCAGAUGGCGCGCGUAUAGUGUAUUCGGGGCUGACUGUGCUAGCCAGGUAAGACGGCGUGAAGAUCAAUACAUCUAUUGGGAGCAUAUAGAUAGUCAAUCUAGAUAGGUAGUGUAUGUAGUAUGAUAUUGCUAUGGUAGCUUGGGUCGUGCGUGAGGAAUUGUCCAUUCCUUACUACAGUCGAUUCAGGUCAGGUCAGGUCGAUGAUGAUCGAGGUUAGAGAAAGACAGAAUAGUUAUCGCGCAGGAAUUCUAUUGCAUAUCGCACUGUCUUGAAUAAACGCGUUUUUCAGAGAGAGCGCGCGAGAGAGAUUCGGGGCGAGGUAUCAAUAGCGAGGGAGGUAUCAAUAGCGAGGGAGGUAUCAAUAGCAAGUGAGCGAUCAAUUAUACUAUCAUACAAAACACCGUACCGGUUACCGGUGCUAUGUAAUGUAAACUCAAUAACGUCAUGUCUGUCUAUAUCUCGUACCAUUCAUAAAUUCAGUGAGGUUUUGGAAUGAUGUAUUUGUAACAGUUAUCGCUAUUAGGUAAUAUACAUAUUUGAUUAUUUCGAUUUCCAAGCAUUUGCUUAAUAAGAUUGCUGUAUUAACACCA